UUGCACCAUCAACGUGCUUAAAAUUGUUCUAGUUUCUAGUUCUAGAGGAUUAAAGAGAAGCCUAUAUUCCUCCCUAUAUAGCCUUAAUCCUUGUAACGCAGUGAUCUCUGUCCUUUGAUAUGUCUUGAGUAUGGCCUGGUUUAAGUUUAUCUUCUGUACUGAUAGAGAUGACGACGACGAAGAUGUAGCAGAACCUCAACAGGAGACAUUAGCUAUGAGUGUGAUUUCCAUGCAUGCCAACAGCCAAGAGCAAUCUGAUCACACAAGUAGCUCAUCAACUACCAUUAUUGCCAACAGUGAAGACCUUGUCUCUGAGAUCCUCUUACAUCUUCCCAUCAAAUGUCUUCUCAGAUUCAAGUCAGUCUCCAAACAAUGGCUCUUUCUCAUCUCCCAUCCCCUCUUCAUUCACGAAUACAACCGUCGAAACCCCAUUUCUGUCUCUGGGUUCUUCUUUCCUACUGGACUCUCUAGAGCCAUUUAUCCACAACUUGACUUUGUUCUUCUUGACGGGAAUAUUGCAGCUGACAUCCCCUUCACACAUCUUCAUGAUCCUGUAGCUGUUGAAGUACUGCAUUCCUGCAAUGGUCUACUUCUGUGCUCUGGUAGAAUCGGAACGUUGAGUGGGUUAGUCCCUUAUCACGUCCAUAACCCAGCCACGAAGCAACACAGAACACUUCCACUCCGGCCUUCUGUGGGAAUGGUGUCUUCUGCGAGCAUAGCUUUCGAUCCCUGUAGAUCACCUCACUACAAAGUCGUCCUAAUUUUAAACCCUGAAUUUUCUGAUCUUCUCAGCUUUCAGAUCGAGCUCUACUCCUCUGAAACCGGGCAUUGGAGACUCUGUGGAGAGCCGUUCAAUUUAUAUGGUAAGGAGUUCACUCCUGGGGUCUUCUGGAAUGGUGCAAUGCACUGGAUCCGUCAGCCGGAUACUUUCCUAUGCUUUGAUGUUGAGCGAGAGUGUCUGAGAACGAUGCCACCAUUGCCGCAGCUAACUCAAGCUCUGAAUAGAAGGGGCUAUCUGUACUUUGGAGAAUCCCAAGGUCAUUUGCAUCUUAUCGUGGCCAAUGUCAGGCAUCAAGCGUUUGGCCCCGAGACUACCUCCUUCGCUGUGUUAGAGAUGGAGAAGGACUAUUCUGGGUGGUUUGUGAAAUACCAGGUGGAUCUCGAUGCUCUAAUAUAUGAAUUUCCAGAGAUACUUCCAUUCGCUCCUGGUCAUCAGAUAGAUACAAGGUUUUUCCCAAUACCCGUACCCUUUUAUCAAUACUCUGUAUUGAAUCUAAUUCGAGGAGGAGGAGGAGAAGAAGAAGAAGAAGAAGAAGAAGAAGAAUCCUGGCUUGUGCUGCAUGUACCUGGUAAGGUCAUUUCUUACAGUCUCAAGGAUAAGAGCACCCAGUUGCUACGUGUUUCUUCAGACCCUGCUAAGGAUUCUGUACUGCGAUACUUCUGGGAUGACAUUCAUCCAUACAUUGAGACCCUGUCUUGUAUUUGAUCA